AUGGUGGAAAAAAUAAUUAAAAAAACCACAACUAACACAGCAUUAAAAAAGCCAGCUACUGGUAAUAAAAAACCUGUAGCUGCUGCACCCACAACAGCCACAACCAAAACCACCGCUACAAAGGUACCAUCAACUAGCCAAAAAGCCACAGAAACAAAACCAAAAACACCAGCCGCUGCUACCAAUGCUACUACUUCUACUACCAACAAAACAUCAAAUAAAAAAACUAUUAAUAAUAAUCAAUUAAAUGUUGGUGAUAAAAUUAAAGCAAUUGCAACAGAAAUUAGAAAUUUCGAAUUAGUAUUAAAAUAUAAAGAAUAUACAUGUAAAGUUCAUUGUCUUAAUUCAGAACAACCAUUUUCAAAAUUAAUGUUGGAAAAGGAAUGGGAAGGUACAAUUAUUUCAGUCGAUGAAACUGCUAAAAUUAUUAUAUUAACAUUCAACAAACCAGAACCAUUAAGUAAAGAUUUCACAGUUGGUCAAACUAUUACAGCUAUAAAUUAUGGUCAAGUUUCAUAUAACGAAAUUGCAACAUGGAUUUCACCAACUCAAAUUGGUUAUAUAGAUGUUAUUUCAAAUUUUAAAAAUUAUAAUGAUUUUGUUGAUUUUGGUCAAAGAAAAAAACCAUUUAAAUGUUUAAUUAAAUCAAUUAAUAGCGAUAAUAAAAUUUAUUUAUCAUUAAUCGAAAAUAAUCAAUUAAAUAAGAAAUUAAGUGUUGGUGACAAAAUUUUAGGUACAAUUUCAGAAAUUGGUGUAUUAUCAAUGAAAGUUAAAAUAUAUAAUAAUCUUAGUGGUGAAGUAAAAUUAAUUGAUUGCAACGAUGAAUUCAGAGACUCACCAUUUUCAAUUUAUUCAGUCGGAUCAGUUAUUAAAGUUUUUGUCAAAUCUAUUUCAAAAGAUGGUAUCAGCUUAUCAUUAAAGAAAUCAUUAUUAGGUCCAGAACACAAGUUUAAUCCAAAAUACAAGAAUAACCCAACUCAAGAAAGAGCUAUUACCAAUGUAUUUUCACAUGGUUCACAUGCAUGGGGUUAUAUUAUCGAAAAGAAUCAACAAAUUGUACGUGUUGAAUUAGCAGAUAAAUUAAAUGGUGUUAUCCAAAAUGAAGUUGUUGGUCCAUUCCAUAUGCAUCUUUGUGAGGUUGGUUCAUUAAUUCAAGUUACUGUUCUUGGUGAUCCAAAAGUUGAAGGUUCAAAUCAAGUUUUAAAUUGUUCCAUUCGUAUCGAUAAAAAGAUCACCCUUCAAACAUUAAAAACCGACGAUAUCUUACCAUUGGAGGUUACUAGAGUUGAAACUUUUGGUCUUUUCGUUCGUCACUCCAACAUUACAGCAUUGGUUCACAUCAAAGAAUCAUCAGAUGAAAAAUUAACACCAGAACAAUUAGCUCAAAACUUUAGUGUAGGCGAUUUGGUUUUAGGUAAAUGUAUAGGUCAAAAAUUCUCCAAAGAAAAGAAUAAAAACUUUUUCAAUUUCUCAUUAAAACCAGAGCAUUUCGUUGAUGUCGAUACUGAAAGCUAUUUCAAAGUCAGCUGGGAUAACCAAGACCCAACAGAAGAGCAACAAUCAAUCAAUACUCAUAUCAGUUUAUCAGUUCAAUUAAAAUCAAUUCAAUCUAUUAAACCAUAUUUAGUUGAAAAGGAACAAAAGAAAGGGGAAUUAUCAGCCAAACAAUUACAACAAAAUUUAAAUAAUGACCAAGAAGAACAACAACCAUUAGAAGAAGCUGAAGACGAUGAAUUUAAGUCUACCUCAUUAUUAUCAUUAGAAGAUUCAAAGAAAAGAAAGAAGGACGAAACUGAUGAAGCUGAUGAGUUUGAAGAGAACCAAGUUGUCGAUAAAAAGAAACAAAAAACAGAGAAAGAAAAAUCAAAAAAUAAACAAGAAGAAGAAAUUAAAGAAAGAGAAGACCUUUUAGCAGAUCACAAUGUAGCACCAGAAUCACCACAAGAUUUUGAAAGAUUACUUUUAGGUUCACCAAAUUCCUCAUACCUUUGGAUCAAAUAUAUGUCAUAUUACCUCAGUCUCUCUGAAAUCAGCAAAGCUAGAGAAACUGGUGAAAAAGCAAUUAAAAAGAUUUUAGCCACCGAAGUUUUAGAACAAAGAAAUAUUUGGAUUGCUUUAUACAAUCUUGAAAACCUCUAUGGUACAGCCGAAACUCUCUUAAAGCUUUUCCAACGUUCUAUUCAAUAUCAAGAUCCAAAAACAAUGUAUUUAACUAUUAUUCAAAUUUUAGAAUCAACCAAUAAAGUCGAACGUUGUGAAGAGUACUUCAAAAUGCUCUUUAAGAAAACCAAAUCAAGCGCUAAAAUCUGGUGUCGUUACGGUGAAUUCCUUUUAAAGAAUCAAAAAUUAGACCAAUUCAAUGGUGUCCUUUCAAGAGCCUUAGAAUGCUUACCAAAGAAGAAACAAAUUAAAGUAAUCAAUAAAUUUGGUCAAUUAGAAUACAAAUUAGGUGAUGUAGAAAGAGGUAGAACCAUCUUCGAAGGUUUAGUAUCCAAUUAUCCAAACAGAACCGAUAUUUGGAAUAUUUAUUUAGAUAUGGAACUCAGAGAUAAAGAAUCAAUUAAAUCAAACAAAGAUCUCAGAGAUAAAAUCAGAGAGCUCUUUAACCGUACUGUUAACUUGAAGGUAUCAGAUAGAAAUAUUAAACAAUUCUUUAAAAGAUUUUUAACAUUUGAAAAAGAUUUUGGUAAUCCAAGAUCAAUUGAUGAUGUUAAAAAAUUAGCUUUAAAAUUUGUUGAAAAUAAUUAA